CGGGCUUGAAAAUGAUGAGCUUUGUACAUCAUGACUAACGUGUUCAACACCUUCAGCUUUAACAAGUGGGCUGAUUCAAAGAAGGAAGAGGAGAUCGACAAAGAAAGCAAGAGACGUCGUACUGAACAGAUAAAGCGUUUGAAAGAACGACUUCGUAGAGAACGAGAACUUCGAGAGAAUGGAGGAAAUGGAGAUUUGGACUUGGAAGCCCUAAUUGAAGCUUUACAAUGUGGAGAAGAAAUAAAUGAACUCCAGGUCGAUGAGGAGCCCAAGGUCCAUCACCCAACCAGCUAUGCAGGUAGGUCUUAUAGAUGUAUUGAGGUUUUCCCGAUUUUGACUCUUCUUACCAGCAACAUAAGCUUCUAUUUGAAUUUUCUGGCCCCAUCUGAAGGGAGUGCCCGGAUGUACUAA